AUUUGACAAUUUUGUACACAUAUAAAACAUGCGGACCGGUUUGUUUUUGAUCUUUAUUAAUACAAGAUGAUGAAAUUUUUUUAAUUACUCUGGUAUAAAUUUAGCGUGUUCGAUCAUCGUAGACUCGAAAAAUUUUUUAACAUAUGCAAUAUCGCGAAUGUGAGGGGAUCCCAUCGUAUUUACGGACGAUAAUCACUCGAAUAAAGUUUUAUAACUCUUUACGAUGGAACUUUGAGAUUAAAAGUAUCUUGAUUUUUUUUUUUUUUAUAUUUUGAUCCGUUUUUCACAAAAGCGUUAAUGAGAAUUUUAUUCUUAAUAUAUCCGCGCGGCAAGGAACUUUAAAAUCAAAAUACGGAAGGAGAAAAAAGUAUGCGGCAACAGUUUUAAAAAAUUUUGCGUGCAUUGACAAACAAAAAGCAAGGUGUAAAGUAUGUUAUUGUUGACCGUUCGAAAAACAAUUUAGAUUAUCAGUUUUUUCGACGAGUGUGCGUGCACGGCUAUUAUCUUAUCGUUGCGAUGUUAAAUUCGGUAUAAAACCAAACAAACAGAAAUAAGAAAGAGAAAAUGCUCGAAGCUUGGUUGCAUUAUAUGCUAUUGGUGAAUCCGCGGAUUGCGAAAUACUCGGACCGUAUCAAUGUCGAUUUUAUCAUCGCGGGUAAAGAGAGAGAGAGAGAAACAUGUGUGCACCGCAUUCGCGCAAAGACAAAAAAUCGAGGCAAAAGCCCGUUUCGUGCGCUCUCAAACGAAACUGAAUGAUCCUUUCGCUUUCGCGUUCCCUGCUCGGUUUCCCGCCAGCCUCGCGCGCUCUCUCUCUCUCUCUCUCUCUCUCUCUCUCUCUCGCUGCUGUUGCUGCGAAUCUUGAACGCAAAACACCAAUUUAUGAAUAUUCAUAUUUUCAUCUGGUAUAUCUGUAACGAUAAAUGCAUGGGGAAACGAAAGGGCCGAACAGCUCCGAAGAAUUAACGGCUAUAAUCUCGUAAAUUAACCACGUUAUUUUUGCCGAGCAAUCGACGUAUUUCUAUAGCUGUAUGUAUGUAUAUGUACAUGAAAAUAAUGGAUGCAUGUAUGAAUCGGCGCUACCGCUACUAUUCGCUACUGCAUGCGCUCGCUGGGCUCGUGAACUCUCCGGGAUAUGUCGCGCGCGCAUUAGAGUGUGCACAAGGCAUUCUCGUAGGAAUUUCGCUCGCUGCAAUCCACACUCGUUUUCAAUCAGCCUCGUUUCACGAACCGGUCAUCCAGCUGCCUCGGACCAAACACCCUUUACUUUUUACUCAAUAUCCCUCCUCGAUUUAAUGCGUCGCUCGCGAACGCUCAUCAUACUUUUAUUCAUUUCGUCCGGCCGGUGCCGGGGCGGUAUAUACUCGUUCCGAAUCUAUCAAUUACAAUAUUUUCCUCGUUCCUAAUCUUAAACAAAUCCAGGUUAAUCGCUCAAUUUAUUUCGCGAUGAUCCAUUGUUUAUUGCACGCUUCCGGAAGAGACGAACUUUGGCCAAUCUCUUCCUCAAUUCCAAAUUCAAGACUCUUCCGCGAGUACGAAGACUUUUGUUUUGAUGCUCUCAAACGAGUAUAUACUCACCUGCGUUUAAAACGCCAAUUUCCUCGCAGGAAGAAAAAAAAACAUGCAUUUUGUUGAAAAUUCUUUGCACGCUAUAUGAAUACAGAAAUUGCGAAAGAUAACGCGGUUUCUUCCCUCCGGGGGCAGGGUGGGAGGCUGAGUGGAGCAAGAGGGGCUUCUCGCGUCGCGUCGCACCGCAGCCAAGUUACAAUUACAAGCUUUCAAAUGAGAGUUUCAUUCGCGUCUCUCGGUAGAUUAAGAACCGUCGCCGCCGCUUUGUCUGUAAAGAGCAAAAAGAGUUAAAUCGAGAGGUCAAAGGAUCCAUCGUUCGAAUCGUGACUGAAGAAAAAACGCAGAUUCUUUGCAAAUUAUUAUUAUAAAUUGCAUAUUCGGAUACACGCACGCGUAUGUUUUUUUUAUUCAUUAUUCUCAAAUCAACUUCCGAUAUUCCAACGGAUUCUCUACGAAUUCCGAUAAUAAUAAAAAAAAAAACAUAUAAAAAAAAGGGGAAAAAUAAUAAAAAAUAAAGCCAAGUGUCGCAAUAAAUAUUCGAUUAAGAUAUUAUACUUGUCUUUCUUUUUCAUCCGUCGCUCUGUCCUUCUCUCUCUUUCUCUCUCUCUCUCUCUCUCUUUCUCUCUCUCUCUCGCACUCUUGGUCGCUCGCUGGCUCGUCGACUUUUCUCAGAGUUGACACGAUUCGCAACCAUGGUCAAGGCAUACGAGGGUGCGGUAAUCGUUCUCGACGUGCUCCUCCUACUUGUCAGAAUAGUGUUCUGGACACUCGAGGGUAUUUUUCGAAUGAUCGUGCCGUGCGAGGAGAGAAAUGUUGCCGGAGAAAUCGUAUUGGUAACGGGCGCGGGUCAUGGAAUUGGUCGAGAAAUUGCAUUGAAAUAUGCGAGUCUCGGUGCGACGAUCGUGUGCUGGGAUCUCAAUCCUCAAGGCAAUCAGGAGACAAUCAACGAGAUAAAAAAACUUGGAGCAAGCUCGGUUCACGGAUACCAAUGCGACGUCUCCAGCCGCGAGCAAGUUCUCAAAACGGCCGAACGAGUCAAGGCCGAUGUAGGAAAUGUUACGAUUCUCGUUAAUAACGCCGGCAUAAUGCCCUGUAGGCCGCUCCUCGAACACACUACCGAGGAGAUUAGAAAAAUUUUCGACAUCAACGUUCUCGCGCAUUAUUGGAUGCUGCAAGCAUUUCUACCUAGCAUGAUAGCCAAAAAUCACGGUCACGUGGUCGCGAUGUCCUCCAUCGCCGGACUCAUCGGACUACCCAAUAUCGUUCCUUACUGCGCUUCUAAAUUCGCCGUUCGAGGCCUUAUGGAAUCUCUUGGUGAAGAACUCCGCGCUCGCAAGGACGGACAACCGAACAACGUUAAGCUCACCACCAUUUAUCCGUACAUGGUCGAUACCGGACUCUGUAAAAAACCCAAAAUCAGAUUUCCCAGUAUAAUGGCCCUGGUAACUCCUCAAGAAGCCGCGGAGAAAAUAGUUUCCUCGCAGAGACGGAGCUAUCCCGAAGUUUCUAUCCCGGCCUGUUGGUUACACUUGAACACGAUAAUGAAAAAUUUACCGCACAAAGUUUCGCUCCAACUGAUAGAUUUUCUCGACAGCGGUGUUGAGUCCGUUGAUUAAAUGCGAGCAACUAAGUACAAAAUCAUAAUAAAGUAUCAACAUUGAUACGCCACAAUGUUUAUGCCGAUGGUUCGGCGGGCGGUGAUAUUUGUUUUUCCAAAUACGCAACAGUUACAUUUUAUAUGCAUGAUUUACUUGAGCGACGAUUAUUGAACAUCAAAGAGAGUGCGUUUAUAUUUAUAGUAUGUGCAGCAACGAGAGAAUAAUUAUUUUAGCCGCAGUCAUAGAUACGUCAUUGUAGUGGCGUCAUGUCAUUUUCAGUCUCACAAUUUAUUUUUUUUUCACACGAAAGAAAAAAUAUAGAUAGUAUGUUUCCAA